CUGCAGGCCCUCGUCGGCGCGGGCGCGAUCGAGCCGGACGCGGGCCAGAGGGCCUGCUGCGCGGCGCUGCAGGGCCUCUGGGAGUGCCUGCGGCACCACGCGCUGGCCGUGCAGCAGUGGGAGCGGGAGCGCGACGCCUGGGCCGGGCGCCACGCCGAGUGGCAGCGCCGCCACGCGGCGUGGCGGCUCGCCCUGCAGGAGCGCGAGGGCCGCGAGGGUGCGCUGGCCCAGCCCGAGGCCGAGGAGCCGGAGGAGCCGGCCGAGCCCCCGAGACCAGGCCUCCCGUCGUUCGGGCGCUACGUCUGGGGCGGCGUCGGCGGCGGGAAGAGCCUACUGAUGGACAUCUUCGGAGUGCUGCGGGGCGGACUCUGGCGUGGGUCGGUCUGUGCAUAGGGUCCACUUCCACGAGUUCAUGCACGGCGUGCACCGCAACCUGCACGAGCUGCGGAAGUCGGGCGCCGAGAGGACGACCCGCGCUGUCGCCCGCGGCAUCGCGGAGGAGGUGCGGCUUCUGGCGUUCGACGAGUUCCAGAUCACGAACAUCUCCGACGCCUUGAUCGUCGAGACGCUGAUGGACGGCCUCUUCGCGGAGGACGUCGCGGUCGUCAUGACGUCGAACCGGCAGCCGGAGGAGCUUUACAAGGACGGCCUCAACCGCCACCUGGCGAUACCCCAGCUGCUCUCGCUCUUCGGCCGCAGGGGCGUGUCAUUCCACGAGCUCGCGGCCGCCCGCGACUUCCGGGUGGCGUCGCCGCCCCGCGGAGCCGCGGAGCAAGGUGCCGCGGGCGGAGCGAGCCCCUGGCGCGACUUCUUCUGCAAGGGCGCGGGCGGCGGCCCCGGCGCGGCGGGGGCGCUGCUGCGGGCGGCCUUCGUGGAGGCCGCCGGGGCGCCGCAGGGGCGGCCCGCGACGGUGCCGAUCGCCUGGGGGCGCUCGCUGGACGUGGGCGAGGUCGCCUCCGGGGUCGGGCUGUUCUCCUUCCGGGACCUGUGCGGCCAGGCCUUGAACGCCGACGACUACCUGAGCAUCGCCAGGCAGCUCCACACGGUCGUCGUCGCCGACGUGCCGUGCUUCACGCUGGACCAGCACGACGAGGCGCGCCGCUUCACGAACCUCAUCGACUGCCUCUACGAGAGCCACGCCCGCCUCGUCGUCUCCGCGGACGGCCCGCCCGAGCGCAUCCUUUCCGCGAUGGAGGUGCUCGCGGGCGUCUCGCUCGCGGGUGCGCCCCCGGGCGCGCGCGGCCGGGGCCCAGGGCCCCCGCCUCCGCUGGGCCUGCCCGCGCACCCCGGCGACGGCCCGGAGCCUGCGCCGAUCGGCGAGGCGAUCCUGCGCGCCGCCAGCGGCCCGAACGACGCGGCCGCGGGCAACGACGACGCCAACACUGGCACCGCGGGGGUGGCCGGGGUGAUGGCCGGGGCGGUGGGCAGCCUGCAGGAGAGCGGGUUCGCCGCGCGCCGCGCAACGAGCCGCCUGCUGCACAUGCAGAGCGGCGAGUACCUGCAGGCGCACCGCGCAGCGCGCCUCACCGAGUGAGGCCCGUCGCGCGCAAGGUGCCAAUGGGCGCCGCCUCCAGCGGCGGUGGCCCCGCGCGGUCGGCGCGGCGCCAGGUGCCCAGCCGACGGCGCGGGGUCCGAGCGCGUCUCGCUCGCAGUUUUCCCGCCCGCCCGGCCUGGCCUGGCGCCCCCCCCCCGCGCGCACGGGACGGGUGCCCCUCGGCACGAUCGAGGAGGGCACGGAAAGACUGGCGACGAAGACCGACCACCGUGCUCUUGCCUGCCCAUCGUGGACAGGGGGCCUUUUUUUCUCGAAUGCUC